AUGGUGAGGACGGAGGCGGCGGGCGCUGCUCUUGCGGUGGCCCUGUUGGCUUGUAUGGUGGGGGCUGGAGCUGAUGGCUCUGAUCACAAGUACAAGGAGGGAGAUCGUGUCCCGCUCUACGCGAACAAGGUCGGCCCUUUCCACAAUCCAAGUGAGACAUACCGGUACUAUGAUCUACCCUUUUGUGCACCAGAACACCCAAAGGACAAAAGAGAGGCUCUUGGGGAGGUUCUAAAUGGUGAUCGGUUGGUUGAUGCACCAUAUGAGUUGAACUUUAAGGAAGAUACGAACUCCAAGACUCUCUGCAAGAAAACAUUGUCCAAGGAGCAAGUCGCCAAGCUCCGGGAUGCAGUUGCCAAGGAUUACUACUUCCAGAUGUAUUAUGAUGACCUGCCUUUAUGGGGAUUCCUUGGUAAACUGGACAGGAACAAGGAGCAUGGCGGUGGAAAGUGCCUUCUGUUUAAGCACAUCCACUUUGACAUCAUGUACAACAAUGACCGUGUCAUAGAAAUCAAUGUUCAGACAGAUCCGAAUGUCGCUGUGGAUAUCACAGAGGACAAGGAAGUGCCGGUAGAGUUCUCUUAUUCAGUAACAUGGAAAAAGACAGACAUUCCUUUUGAGAAAAGAAUGGAGAAGUACUCCAAGUCUUCCUCUAUGCCGCAGCACCUAGAGAUCCAUUGGUUUUCAAUAAUUAACUCAUGUGUAACAGUGCUUCUUUUGACUGGCUUUUUGGCAACAAUCCUCAUGCGUGUGCUCAAGAAUGAUUUCAUCAAAUAUUCUCAUGAAGACGAGUCCCUUGAAGACCAAGAAGAGACUGGAUGGAAGUAUAUACAUGGCGACGUCUUCCGUUUCCCGCAGAAAAAAUCUCUUUUUGCAGCAAUCAUUGGAUCUGGAUCUCAGCUUCUUGCCCUUGCAAUUUUCAUCUUCCUCCUCGCGAUUGUUGGGGUCUUCUAUCCAUACAACAGGGGAGCCCUUUUCACUGCCCUUGUAGUCAUCUAUGCUCUUACGUCUGGUAUUGCUGGCUACACAGCCACUUCCUUCUAUCUUCAGCUGGAGGGAACAAACUGGGUGAGAAAUCUGAUAUUGACUGGCUGCUUGUUCUGUGGGCCACUUUUCUUGACAUUCUCCUUCUUAAACACUGUUGCGAUAGCGUACAGUGCUACAGCAGCUUUACCUUUUGGUACUAUCAUUGUCAUUAUUCUCAUCUGGGCACUUGUAACCUCUCCUCUCCUAGUGCUGGGUGGUAUAGCUGGGAAAAAUAGCAAUACAGAAUUCCAAGCUCCUUGCCGCACAACCAAAUAUCCACGGGAAAUCCCUCAGCUGCCCUGGUACCGAAGCACCAUUCCUCAGAUGGCAAUGGCAGGGUUUCUCCCUUUCAGUGCUAUUUACAUCGAGCUGUACUACAUAUUUGCCAGUAUCUGGGGGCAUAAGAUAUACACCAUCUACAGCAUCCUCUUCAUUGUGUUCAUUAUCCUAAUCAUCGUCACAGCGUUUGUCACAGUGGCGCUCACGUACUUCCAGCUUGCAGUUGAGGAUCACAAGUGGUGGUGGAGAUCUGUCCUUUGUGGAGGCUCCACUGGUAUUUUCAUCUUCUUCUACUGCAUCUACUACUACCAUGCCCGGUCAGACAUGUCAGGCUUCAUGCAAACAUCCUUCUUCUUCGGCUACAUGACCUGCGUCUGCUACGGUUUUUUCCUCAUGCUGGGAACUGUUGGUUUCCGUGCAUCGCUGCUAUUUGUGCGACAUAUUUACCGUUCCAUCAAGUGCGAGUAA